AUGUCGAGCAGUGCCACGGCUCCCAAGACCGCGUCGCCGCGCGCUCCUGGCACGACCGCCACGUCGAGAGCAACGGGGGCUACCGCCACAUCUGCCUCUCGCCGACCAACUACGAGCACCUCGACAACUUCGACUGCCAGAACCACCACCGCCGCCGGCCUCAGCAAGCCGCCUACUCGUCCGCCUUCAUCGGUCACGCCUGCUGCGAGUGCUACCCGUCGCCCAACGUCCUCGUCCACCACCGCUACGCACCGCAGCCGUGCCAGUGUCAGUGCCAGCGAGGAUGAGAAAAAGCCUGCCAUCUCGGCCACUACUGCUAGGCGCGCCAGCACCCUCGUAACAAGCCCGGGCAAAUCCACGACUGAGAGAAAACCAGCUGUUCCGACCGCGGGCUCUGCAAGGAAACCUGUUACUGCAGCCAGUUCUACUGCCAGCCGAUCUUCCCUCUCCGGAACCCCAGCUCGCACGACCGCUGCCCGUUCUGCUCCCACAGCCGGAGCAGCUGCUGCCACAAGACGUCUUUCCAGUGUUGGUGGCAUUUCGUCUCCAGCUGGACCCCGCCUCGCUGCCCGGCCCGCAUCGAGAGCUAGCACUCCCGGCGACGCAUCGAGAGAGCUUGAACAGCUCAAGACUGAGCUCGCUUCUAAAGAUGGAGAGAUCGCUGCUCUCAACGAUCAGAUCAAGGCUUCUGAGGUGACCAUCGCCGAGCUGCGCGAUCAGACCGAGAAGCCUGCUGAAUCCACCGAGAUCGCAACCCCGGUGCGAGAUGACCAUGCCAUUACUGCACUCAAGUCGGAACACGAAGCUAGCAUCUCUGCCCUCGAGAACCAACUCGCCGAGGCCUUGGACGCCCGCCAAGCUCUCGAGGCCAGCCUAGAAGAUAAGACCAAAGCUCUUGAGGAAGCUACGACUAAAUUUGUCCAGAAUGAUGCUGAUUCUCCUGCCCACGAGAGCGCUCUGGCUGAACUCAAAUCGGGUCACGAUGCAUCUGUUGCUGAGCUGGAGAAGAAGAUUCGAGAGCUGACUGCUGCCAAUGCUACUCUGACCGCUGCCAGCGGUGACAAGACCGAGUCUGACAAGCAGCUGGCUGCUCUCCAAGCUGAGCUCGCCAAUACCAAGAAGGAAUUGAAGGACGCUCAGAGCAAUUCCGAGCAAGAAUCCGCAACCACUGAGCUGCAGCAGCAGCUGGAGGCCAAGACUGCGGAGCUUGCCUCGGUUCAAGACACACUGCAGCAGCUGCAGCAGAAGAAUAGUGACAUCCAGACCUCACUUGCUGACAAGGAUGCUGAUAUUGCGACUCUCAAAACUAUGCAUGAUGCGCGCAUGAAGCAGAUUUCCCAGGACUAUGAGAACGAAAUAGAGAGCCUUCGAGGUGACGCCUUCUUCAAGCGCAAGCACGAGGAACUCGAGGGGCAACAUGAGACGCUCAAGUCUUCUUUUGCUGAACUCGAGGAGCAGCUUGCUGCCUUGCAAUCCUCGUCUGCCGAAGUUGCUGAGAUACGCGCCAAGGAGCUUGCUGACGCCAAGGCUCUGCACGCCGAUGCCAUUGCUUCUUUUGAAGCCAAAAGCCUCGACCACCAAAAGGCGCUGGACGCCCUUAAUGAAAGCCACACUCGGGAGCUUGCUGUUGCCAAGGCCGAUGUCUCCACUGCCAGCGAAGCACAUAUGGCGAGCCUGGACGCUCUCAAGGCUGAGCACCAGGCUGCUCUGAGCGAGUUGCGCGACAGCCACGCUAAGGAGCUUGAGACCGCCAAGGCUGGUGCUUCAUCGGCUAGCAAAUCCCACAUUGAAGAUCUUGAGGCCCUCAGGGCCGAGCACGAAAAAGCCUUAGCCCAGCUGCGCAACAACCACGCCAGUGAGCUCGAGGCUGCCAACAGCAAGGCCACUUCUAUCAGCGAGACUCUUCUGGGAGAUAUCAAGACCCUGAAGACUGAACACCAGCGGGCCAUUGAUGAAAUUCGUGAGACCCAUGCUAAGUUACUCGAGACUGUUGAUGACCUGAAUAAUACCCAUGAAGCAACCCUGCAUGCCGUCAGGACUGAGCAUCAAAGGGUCAUUUCUGUGAUUCGUGAAGAUCACGCGCAAGAGCUAUUGUUGACUAGAAACAACCUCAAGGCUGAGGCUCAAGAGGGGCUUCAGCAAGAGUUGACAGACCUUCAGCAAGAGUUGGCGAAUCUCAGAGAUGAGCACCAGCAGCGACUUCUGGAAUUGAGGCAGGCUCAUGCCAAGGAGCUCGAAGUUGCCAGGGCUGAUGCUGCCGCUGCAACCGAGUCCGAAUUUGACCUGAAGGCGCUCAAAGCUCAGCAUGAACAAGCUCUGUCUGAGCUACGUGACAGCCAUGCUAUGGAGAUGGCGUCUGCCAAGGCUGACGUAACGAACGCUCAAAAGACUCAAUCCGCGAACUUCGAAACUCUGAAGGCCCAUCAUAUCGUAGAGCUCAAAGAAGGCGAAACUCGACACGAAAAGGCGCUUGCAGAGGCUGAGGCAAACUACCAGAUUCUUUUGCAGACCGUCAAGAAUGAGCACCAAGAAAAAUUCAAUCUGGCAUCCGCUGAACAUGAAAAGCAGCUCGAGAGGCUCAGGACCCAGCAUAUGGAACAGCUGGAGCUCGCCAAGCGCGAUACCGAUACCGCACAUACUGCGAAGUUGGAGCAGCUCACGGCUGCCCAUGCCGAGGAAUUGGAAUUGCUUAAAAAGGAGAAAGCUGAAGUCAGCGAGAGACUUUUGGCUUUGGAAUCUGACGCUGCCACUCACAAGGACCAAGCCGGUAAGAAGCACGCUGAGGAACUGAUUGCGCUCAAGGCCGAGCUUGAAGCUUCUCGAGCUGCUCUUGAAGAGGUAGAGGCCAGCGGGUCCCAUGCUCUUGAGUCUGCCCGCCUCGAACUUGAGGAGAGCCACGCCAACGAAGUCGAGAAGCUCAUUGGAAUGCACCAGGAUGCGAUGGAUGCUAUGAAGGCGCACGGUGUCAGUGCUCGUAAGGACCUGGAGGAACUGUCAGCCCUGCACUCGAAGACGAUAGAAGACGUCAUGGCUGAGCACCGACAGACCACCGCCAGCCUGGAGGACAAGAUUGCCGCUCACAGUGCUUCCAACACGGAUCUGCAGGAGGCCCUUGAAUCGGCGAAGGAAGCGUUGAGCAAGGCUCAGGAAGAAAUCGAGGGCAUUAGCCAGGAGCUUGCCAACGAAAAAAUGGAGCGCAUGACUGCUCUUGCUGAAUUGGACGCUGUCAAGAGCGCCAAGCCCAACACUUCUGUUGCAGACGCAUUGAAGGAGGAGCUGCAAACCUCGAAGCAGCAAUUCGAAGAGAAGCUUGCUUCUGCCACGGCAGAGGCUCAGAAGAUGCAGGCUGAGCUCGACGCGACGCUUGAGAAGCUCAAAAAGUCCGACGAGAGCAGCCAGCAAGUUCGGCAAGAGCUCGAGGCUCUGCGCGAAGAGGUGGCCACCAAGGAGCAGACUGCGAAGUCUGACUACCGCGACCUGAAUGAUAGCAUGACUGCUCUCGUGGAGGAGGCAUCAACUAAGGGCAAGAAGCUCGAGUCGGAGCUCGAGGAGACUAUUGCUAAGCUCCAGUCCUCGGAGAAGAGGCUCGAUGAGCUGCAGGCGCAUGUGAAUGUCAAGGAUGCCGAGUUGGCAGAAGCAAGGGCAAAGGGUACAAGUAGCAAGCCCAAGGGCCUGGCUGGUAGCAUGUACGCUGGCGCUGCUGAUGAAGAAAAGGAGAGCGUGGCGACGGAGGACGAAUCUCGCAAAGGUGAGGCGGAUGAAGAUCACUCCUCGGUAGCACUAGCAUCUCUGUCUAAAGCCCGCUUGACGGCCAAGCAGAUAGACUCUCUUGAUCGCGAGAUGAGGGAUCGCAACCUACAGCUGCUGCAAUCCAUCACCAACCCGCAGUCUCAGACUUGA